UAUUGUAAAUACUGUACUAUAUGUUUAGUGAUUCUUAGUUGAUAAAUUAAAGCUUUGUAUUUGAAUUGAAAAGGAUCUUCUUUAUUGAAUCUCUAAGAUUGUAUUUAGAUCUAGAGAUAUAUAUACAUCUAUAGAAUCCUCGGCGUCACAGUUACAAGAUCUCAGCACCCCUGAUGAUUCGGCAAAGAUCAACUAACAAGAGAGAAACUUACAAACCACAACAUCAAGCUUUUAAAAAUCAAACAUCUCAAGAUCUUUUGACUUUCAUAAAAUCCAGCGAGCAGUGUAAUGGAGACAGACACAAAAACAUUUAAGAUUCCUUGGUGCAGAACAAAAUAUUACGAGAACUGUGUAUUUCCUUAUCACCUUUAUCAACUAUGUAAUAAUAGGGUCUAUCCCAACACAGAAUGUCACAAUAAAAGACAUUCUACAUUUCUAGCAUUUGUUAAAAGUGCUAUGUUUUCAAAACUAUAUGCUGCAGAGGAAGUUGACAAACCAGAUGAAACUGUUCCUGUAAAUAAUGUAACAAUUCCCACACUAGUGCUAGAGAGAAUAGCCAGAGAGUACAUAGAAAAAGAAUCAGGAAUGGAUAGAAUUAAUAUGCUUUUUAGUAAAAAUCAUAAAGGUGAGGAGUCAGAACAGCUUCGUAUGUUGAAGUUUACAAUUAUCCAAAUAUUUUGUGUCAGUUUCUUUAUGAAGUAUGUUCCAGAGUGGAAGCUAGCCAAAGAUGAUUUUAUAAGGGAAAACAGAGCAACAGUUUUUAGAACUCGCAUACAAGCAAUGAGAUUAAUGCAAGACCAAGUGUCACUGAGAGCCUGCAAAGCUGGGGCCAUUUUUUCUGUGAAAGUCACAAGUUUUUCUGCAUUUUUGUUAAUGAUUUCUCAAUUAAUAGCUGUCUAUAGAAAUAAAACUUCUGUGAUAGAAUAUACAGUGGCUGCUGGUAUAACUGGAGGUUUGUAUCGUAUCAAUAUGGGCUUGAAAGGUCUUGUAUCUGGCACAAUCAUAGGAGCCAGCUUAGGUUCUAUAGCAGGAUGCUUUGCAUGGGUUGUAUUUAGUGCAUUUAAUAAGACACAGGAUCAGCUCCAUCUGCAGGAAAUUAUUUCCAAAAUUGAAGUAGAAAGAUAUUUAACUGGUGAGGAGGCAUUUAAAAAUAAAGUUGAAAUAGUGAGGAAAACUCUGUUGACUACAAGUGUACCUCAGACAUAGGACAAUCUGACUUGUUGACUACAAGUGUACCUCAGACAUAGGGCAAUCUGACCUGGUGUUUGUGAACUAUCAGAGCAAGGACUAGAGCUGACUUGAUGUGAAAUACUAACAUAAUGUGUACUGUGUAAAUAUUGAAUAAAUUGUUUGUAUUGAGA